AUGGAUCAUACAAACACGGCACCGGCUUCACCGGCCGCGGCUUCACCCCCGGCGACGACUAAGAUUAUUCGCCGCCGCAUCGCUAAUGCAUGCGAUGGCUGCAAGGCGCGCAAAGUCAAAUGCGACGGUCGCCAACCGUGCAGUUAUUGUGUGCGGCGCCAACGACAGCAUGCGUGCCAUUAUGCGCAGCCGCGCCGUCCUCGUCAACGACCCCCUUCUGUUGCCUCCUCGGAAGGUCCCUCGUUACCACCGUUGCCACAGUCGCCUCCUCAGUCGACUGUGAGCUUGAGAGCUUCAGCUUCUUCCACCACCAGGGAUACAUCACAACUUGAUGAUGGCAGUAGUGGUCGUAGAGUCGGAUCGCCUGCCUUACAGCAGCAGUCUGAUAAAAUAGAAUCAGCCGAAGAUGACACCGAAGUGCCCAGAGAAGCCCGAUUGCUCUUUGAUCCCCAAGGACAACUCAUCUUCAUCGGUGACUGCGCACCUUUAUCUCUCUUCCAGUCGGUUCGCCAGCUCGUCACUAGCCGUAUCAGCCCGAACGCCUUUGCCCCAGAAACAAGUCGCUACUCCGUACUUGAAAAUGCUGCUGCAUUAGCUUCGUCGUCUCAAUCCGAGAGCCAUGGACCUCCAGACGUAAGGCCAAUUGACGUUGCGUCCGUCGUAUCGAGUUAUGUCUCGGUGACUACAGGGCUGGUGGACCUAUUCGACGAGUCGAGUUUAGCAGACGACCUGCUUUUAUGGGUAAAUGUCAACAAAAAGCCCCAGAAUCUUACCUCCGUGAUCAACUAUCUCAUCCUUGCCAUUGGGGGCCUAAAAGAUGACGAGAUGUCGUCUCAAGUUUACUUUGACUAUGCCAGAAACCAAGCCUUUGCCACUCUUAGUGGCAAUCUUGGCGUCGGCACCGUUCAGGCAUUCAUCCUCAUGACGGUUUACAUGCUCUGUUCGUGUCAAAUUAACAGCGCGUUUCUCGUGUUUGGCGUGGCUGCUCGUGCGGCUUAUUCCAUUGGACUUCAUCGAACCGAGGUCAACGCCCGUUUUGGGCCGGAAAUGCAUCGGCAGAGGGAUAGGCUUUGGAAAAGCUUGCGGGUCGUGGAUCUGUUUCUGAGCACUUCAAUGGGUCGCCCACCGGCAACGUCAGACGUCGACUGCACUGUACCGUAUCGGUCGCUUGGGGAAGGCGGUAACGAGACGUUUGACCUCCUCAACGCGUCCGUGCAGAUCCUUCUCAUUACGGAAGGCAUAGUCACCAAGAUUUAUUCGCGCAAGAAGAUCUCGCUCCUUCUUACGGAAGGCGUCUCCCUCCAGCUGAGGGAAUGGUCUGCGAGGUGGCUUCGGCGACUGAAGGAAGUUGUGGCCCGGCCGUCAGAUCACAGCCAAUCUGAAGUUAGUGGCGCCUGUCAGGUGCUGUCGUCCUACUACUACGCCGUCAUACUAGUGUCACGGCCGUUUCUCAUGUACGAACUCUUCAGGCGUCUCAGUGAUGGACCGGACUCGGACGCACCUUCCGUAACGCCCCCGGUGCUGACUUCUGGUAAGUCCAAGUUGGCUGACGCAUGUAUCGAUGCGGCAAGCUUAAUGGUGGAGCCAAUUCUGGACCUGGUUGAGCAACGGCUCUUAAGUAGCCGCAUGCCACUUCUUGUGUCCUGGCUCUUUGCCUCAUCUCUAGUCCUAGGCGUCGGCUUACUCGGAGGCUUCGGUCGUAUCCUUGAGAAGCACACGCGCAUGUCCAUCCAGGCCCUAGAUUACUUCGCCAAAUCCGACACGCACGCCAGGCAAUACUCUCUCAUCGCCCAGUCCCUUCUAACCACGGCGCUAGCCCACCUUGAGAAACGGGAGCUCCAAGAGCGCCUCCGGCGUACGGAAAGUUCCAGCCAGCUUUUUGGGUUCAUUCCACAUGAUGACGGCCACCUUAGAAGGAACGAUGCUUCUCCCUCCGACCAACCGAGAAGAAUGAAUGAUGCAUCUUCCCCCGACCAGUUUAGUGCACAGACGGCUAUGAGCCCCGCGGCUUCUGUUUCCAGGAGACAUGACCCGCCAGAGAGGUCAUAUCCGCAACAGCGGCCAUUUUCCAUGAGCUCACCACGUGCCGGGGAUGUAGACUUUUUUGGUUUGGGUGAUGCUCUGAUGGGACAAGAUGGGAAUUUUUGGAAUACGUACCAGGAUGACGGGGACCCGGGGUUGACUCUGAACUUAUUUCCGUUGUUGGAGGCAAGUGGGGGGAUAGACCUGGCGCACUACCUGUGA